AUGAAAAUUAAAAAAGAAAUGUUAAUCGGACAAAUUCUUUCAGAAAAGCCUGAAUCAAUUGGUACUCUAAUGAGUUUUGGAAUGGGAUGCAUCAUGUGCCCAUCUUCUCAAAUGGAAACUCUUGAAGAAGCAGCAAUGGUUCAUGGUAUAGAUCCUAAUACGAUUGUAGCUGCUCUUAAUGAAGAUCACAAAGAAGAAGCGGAAGCUUAA